AUGACACGCGCUGACAGGACGCGCAUUGCCAAUCGCCAACCACUGCUCGCAGCACUUGGCCGUCAUCAGUUUUCUGAUUCCGCCGACGAUUUGGCCAAGAGAAACUACGCCAACAAUGUUUCUGAAUACAAUACCGUCAUUGGAUCUCUCACUUCUCAAAGAAGGGUUUUCUACUCGAUUCCUCUGUUCACAUUGAUUUUCUCAUGUUCGGUACAUGAUGGAAGGUUGAAGGAGCCAUGGAACACUCGCACAUCUACUAUUCUUGUUAUAAUGGCACAUACUAGUUACUCAGAGAAGGCGUCUUGUGUAGCGGAAUGUUGCUUAUGUGGUGGCAAUACUGAUGCUUUUAGGAAGUCAACUGAUGGUCAAUGGGUCCAUGCCUUCUGUGCUGAGGCCGAGACUCAAAAACAUGGAGUUGAAGAAUGGAAUUCUCUGAAGAAAGUCAGGGUUGUAGCCAAGAUUUUGCAGGAUGCAGUUCAUGGAAAGAAUUACAAAUCAGAUCAGGAUAGUGGGGCAAGGAGAUUGUGUGAUGCCAUAGUGCUUGGAGGUAUCAAAGACAAUGAGAAGGCCAUGGUACUCAACUUUGGUGGACAAUCAUUAGGUUGGAACUUAAAGGAGGAGCACUUGCCUCCUGGUUGGAUUUGCCUGGUUUGUGGAGCACAUGACAAUCAGCAGGAGCUUCCUCACAAUUUUAAGAAGAUGGCAAAAUAUGUGUAUACCCCUGAUGUCAUGGAAGCAUCUGACUGCAUGCUUGAUCAGAUGAAAGUUGUUCUUGUUUCCUUUUUUAAGAAAAUUCCAAUCUUCUUGUUGCAUUGUUUACUUAUACAGGAAGAGAUAUAUGUGGCAAGGGCACCUGGAAGAUUGGAUGUGGUUGGAGGAAUUGUAGACUACUCCGGAAGCCUUGUUUUGCAGGCACAAAACACCCUAACAACAGACAAACAAGAGGAGCUUUGCUCCCUUGGAGCACUGAUAAUAGAGAUAACUUACACUGAAAGGAAUAUAAGUAUGUUGACCAUGCACAAGCCCAUUAAGGAACCCUGUAAACCCCAGAAAUUGGAAGCUACUUGUUACUUGGUCUUUGGAACUAGGGAACCAUAA